AUGGCGUCUGCAACCAAAGAACAGCAAAUCACUCAACUUUUUACUGAAUUGAAAAAGACAGUGGAUGAAUACGAUGACGAACGCAGCCUGGAGAUUUGUGAUAAGCUCAUCAAACUGAAUCCAGAAGACCAGCUUACGCUUCAGUGUAAAGUCGUAACCUUGAUUCGUCUCGAAAAAUACAAGGACGCCCUCACCAUGAUUGCUCGUCAGUUCAGAAACAGCGACAUUGACCUCUCUUAUGAAAAGAUCUAUUGUUACUAUCGCACGAAUCAGCUGGCGCCUGCCAUGGAACUCUUGCAAGAACUCAAGUCCAAGAACGCUUCCAACGAUCCAUCUUUGUUGUAUCUCGAAGCACAGUUGCUCUACUCUCAAGGUCAAUUUGAAAGGGCCGUGGACGUUUACGAGUCGCUCCUCAAGUCAUCCGACAAGAACAGCAACUUGUACGAUGAAAUUCAAGUCAAUUUGUUGGCUGCCAAGGCUGGAUUACUCUUCUCAACAAGCAACAGGGCCCCUGUCAAGGAUAAAGCAGAGCUGAAAGAAAGCGCUGAUCUCUAUGAAGUUGCCUACAAUGCUGCUUCUGUCUAUUUGGCUCGUGGCGAUGUCAAAAAGGCACAAGAGCAACUUGAAUUGGCUCACAAGCAAUGCAGUGACAGAUCACAAGGCAUGUCAAAGGAGGAGCAAGAGGAGGAGUUGGCUGUCAUUUCCACUCAACUAGGUUAUACCUAUCAACUGCAAGGACGUGCGAACGAUGCCAUGAAUAUCUACAAGCAAUUAUUAAACUCAAACGAUGCAACUGUAGCUGCUGUCGUGUCCAACAAUGUGGUUGCUCUCGACCAAGGCAAGAACACGGAAGAAGCAGCCAAGCAUUUAAAGACUGCCACCAGCAAAGAAGCCGAUGUCAAGCUCAAAAACUACCAAAAGAGAGUUAUCCACAUGAACGAGAGUUUAUUGCAACUGUACAGCCAAAAAUACUCUGCCUGCAGAGAUCAAGCACAGAAAUUGAUUGACAAGUAUCCUGACAACGACAACUUGUAUCUCGUUUUAGCCAGUGCCACUUACCAUCAACACAAGGCUGCUAAAGCUGUGGAAGAGCUCAAGAAGUACGCUGAAAAGAAACCUUCUUCUCUCGCUAUUCGUUUUGCCACCAUUCAACUGCAACUGCUGGAAUCUCAACCUGCUGCUGCAUUAUCAACGUUGGAAUCUUAUUUAGCUUCUGUCAAGGACGACAAGGGAAGUUAUUACAAACCUGCUCUCAUUGCCUUGUUGGUAUGGUUGUAUGAGCAAACAGGCCAACCUGAAAAGGCCAUGGAGACAUUGGAUGAGGCAUCCUCAGUGUGGAAGAACGAUACAUCAUUCACAUCCACUGCUGCACCUACUUCUACCAUCAAGCAAACUGCUGCCUUCAAGCUAAAGACGGGCCGUUAUCAAGAUGCCGUGGUUGAUUAUGAGCAGUUGGUAAAAGCAGACCCCUCUGAUGCUCAAGCUAUUGCUGGCUUGAUAGCUGCUUAUGCCCACGUCGAUCCUAAAAAGGCCGAACAAUACGGCAAUGCCUUGCCUGCCAUCACAUUGAACCAUUUGGAUGUUGAAACCUUGGAAAAAAUUGUGCCUGGUGUCAAGCGUGGCUAUGUCAAGAAGGAUCCCAACGGUGUCCAUGUCAAGAAGCCAAAGACUAAAAAGAAGAGAGCCACUCUGUAUCCCAAGAAGAUGGAUCCCAAUGUGCAACCUGAUCCUGAGCGUUGGAUUCCUAAAUACGAACGAUCCACUUUCCGUAUGAAGGGCAAGAACAAAAAGGCCUUGAAUAAGGGUCCUCAAGGAGUUUCGAUGGAGGGCGGAGGCAUUGGUGGCACAGGUAGUGCCAAUAUUGGUGGUAAAAAGGCUGCUUCCACUACCGCUGCUGCUCAAUCACCAGAGCCUGUCAAGGAAAAGGUAGCCAGCACACCAGCACCUGCUAAAUCUGCAGCCAGUAAAAAGAAGAAGGGAAAGGGAAAGAACAGAAAGUAA